CAGACAGACAGGCAGCCAGCCCUGGUCCCACGCAUCUCGUCCAGCAGCCCACCCGGCAUCACAACUCGCUCCAGCGCUGGCCGGCGUCCAGGACGGUUCCUCGCAUCAUGGGCGUCGAGUUCGCCUUCAUCGACGUGCAGCAGGGCUCGCGCGAGACCAACAAGAGCCUCGCCCUCCGCCAUGUCAUGAAGGGCAAGAAUGUCGGCAAGACACACCCUGCCCGUCGCCGCCGCAAGUCCCAGCAUGAGGACGCCGCCCCCGGCGCCGAGUCUCGCCCAGGUCCCGCCCGGCCCCGGAAACGCCAGCACACCGAGCAACCUGCCACAGCUGGCAGUGUCGACGAGGAUUCCGCCGCGGCAUCUGCAAGGUCUCCUGCAUCAGCCGCAAGCAGCAGGAGUAGUGGCACUGGCGGCAGCAGCAGCAGCACAAGGUCCGCUUUGUCCACAUGGAGUGACACUUCCUCAAGCUCCACCCAGCGGGUUCGUGAGUCUGUCGCAGUCUGGGAACAUGCCCCUUCGGCGCCACUCUCACCUGUCACUGUGGGCGAUUAUCUCAUGGGCUUCGCGACGCCCGCAGCGCUGUCCGCUCGUGCCAACCCGACCUUUGAGUAUUUCUUCAAGUACAUCAUCACGUCGAUGUACCCGACACCUCUAUGCAUCGCGAUGGAGCCCAUGAAGAAGUAUUGGGUCGAGACGUUUUUGAUGGACGAGACAUGCUACCACACCUACAUGGCCCUCAUGAACACAAUGCACGACCACGCCACCGGGCGAAUAGGCUACCAGGAUGCCCCUUCACGUGAAGCAGUCUACCACCUCGGCCAGGCCGUUAAACGCGUCAAUCAGCGUCUCAACUCGCCUGGGCUGCUGACGGACUCAGACCUCGUCGUGGUCAAUUUCCUCAUCCUUCAGUCGCUGGUUCGCAAGAAGCGGCACGACGCUGGCGUCCAUUUAUCAGGGCUGUACGCCAUGGUCGACAUGCGUGGCGGGCUUCGCAACGUGACUGAUGGGUUCUUGCUGGGAAAGAUAUGCAAGACAGAGAUCGAUUACGCUCUGCAUUAUGGCACAACCUGCCGCUUCCACAACGACAACAUAGCUCAGGUCUUUGCAGAGCUUGAGAAUCAAGGCUUCACUUUUCCUAAAACACUUGGGACGUCGAACGACAAUGAUGCGUCAUCACGAUGGGCCAGCGGGCUCGAUCCUACCCUGCGACAAAUUCUAUUUGAUGUAUUCGAUGUGACGUCUUUGUUUAACGCGGCAGACUAUGGCGGCGGCGACUACAGCCCUUUCUCUAGUCAGAAAAAGCAAGGAAGAACGCCGAAAAUGACGCACAUCAUGCUCCAGGACUUCACAAUAUCUGUGGGCGGCCGACUGAUCCGGUAUCACCCACUCGGCAAGCCAUACGUGAUCCCUCCUCACGAUCAACAAUACGACCCGUCCGAGCCCAGCCCUUCCCGGACCUCACACUCACCGAGAGCCACAAAUGCACAGCUCGAGGCCGUUGUACACAUAGCAUUGGUCUCUUUGUUAACCACCCUCUUUGUGCAGACUGACCGGCGCAGCCACAGACUGAAAUAUGACCUCGCGGCAAAGAGACUGCGGGAGGUCGUCGACUCAGUGAUGAGGCAGUUCAUCUUCUUCGGAACUACUGAGGCUACUCACGGACGAGCUUCGCCGGCGUCUGCUGCUUCUACUGCGGGGCUUCUCGCUCAAAGCGGCGGUGCCAGCAGUGGUCGUGUUGACGAAGAACAGAUUGUUGAUAGUCCCGUGCGUUCGGCAGCGAUGGGAAGUGCCAGCACCACUGCUACUGCUACUGCUCCCGAUGCUGCUGCUUGGGUCGGUGACAGUAGUAUGGCAGUGCCCACAGUCCCGGCAAGCGGGAGCGGCGUACGCGGGCCGGGGGCCUUCAUAGUACACUCCGCCGACGCCGCUUCCAAUGGCGACGGCGCGAGUAUUGGAGGAGCUCAUCAUGGGCUGCAUCUGGAAUCCUCCAGCUUGCCCGGGUGCGGGGCCGGUGUUGGGGCCGGCAGCAGCGACAGUGGCCUCUUUCUUUUCCGCCCGCUUCUUCAUGACGCCCUUGCGGACCUGGCGGGCCAUCAUCGUCAUCAUGGCAGGCAUGUUGGCGGUCACCGCGGGGGGUUGGUCGACGAUGAGUUGUUGCUCUGGAUCUUGAUGGUGGGGAGUGUGUCUGUCUUGUCUUGGCACGAGACCGGCACAGACGAUGAUGCAGUUUGGCUGACUGAUCGGAUGAGGAUGGUUGCUGGGAGGCUUGGGGUCUCGACGUGGGAGUUCGCUCAACAGCGUGUGGCGAGGCGGUUUCCUUGGAUCGCAAGGUUACACGACGAGCUUGGGAGGAAACGGUGGGUGACGAUAUUUGGAAGUACGUGACGAACGUCGAUGCUGGAAGAUUUAUUAAUCGUUCAAGGGCAGCUAGUUCUAGAUGACCUGCUACUGCCGUUGGAAAAAACUGAAUAUACUAGGGAAGUCAACACUUAU